UCUUCCAACAAAACAAUAAUGGCUUCGGCGGACAAGUCAGCGGGCCCCACACCACCGGGGCAAUCCAUGAGCGUGGGGCAGCACAUGCUAGACAAGGGCGCCAUGAUGCUUCAGUCCCUCAAACCCGUGAAGCAGUUCAGCCACCACGUUUGCUCCUUCGCCAUCUACAGCCACGACAUGUCUCGCCAGAUCGAGACUCACCACUACUGCUCCCGCCUCAACCAGGACUUCCUCCAGUGCGCCGUCUACGACUCCGACGACGCCAACGCCCGCCUCCUUGGUGUGGAGUACAUUAUUUCUGAUAGAAUCUUUGAAGAUCUGCCUGACGAGGAAAAGAAGCUUUGGCACUCUCAUGCUUAUGAGGUCAAGUUGGGUCUAUUAAUAAGCCCAAGAGUUCCAGAGAUGAUUGCCAUGCCUGAUCUUGAAAACCUUGCUAAAUCCUAUGGAAAAUUCUGGUGUACUUGGCAGGCCGAUAGAGGAGAUAGGGUUCCACUGGGUGCACCAGCACUAAUGAUGUCACCACAAGGGGUGAGGCCUGGGCUGGUGAGGCCAGAUCUGGUGCAUCAGAGGGAUGCAAAGUAUCAUGUUGCCUCAGACAGCUAUAAGACCUCAAGGCUUGAGAUCCCUGAGCCUGAGAUGAUUAGCCCUUUCGCUGAUUAUUGGAAGCAGCAUGGCAAAGGGUUUGCCAUUGACAUUGUGGAUACUGAGAUGAUACUCAGGGCACCUUUUCCUUGAUGAGGGAACAAAUCUAAAGUGAUGAAAUGUAAUAGUGGAUUGUCUCAAGUGUUUAGCUAUUAUCUAAGUGCUUGUCAAUUAAUAAUUACGUUAGGAGUGAGUUGGGUUCUGUUCAUGUAAAAUGAAUUUGUUGUAUUGAUUCCUCAUAUGACACCUGAAUCCUCAUAGUAAAUAUAG